AUGUAUAGUUGCACCAUGGUUGCGCCUUCGGAUCCGGCCGAAGACUCAGCAAGAUCAACAGUUGUAGAGAAGGCAGUGAUAAAAAUUUUCAAUAUGUCCAUAUUGACCAUUAAAUCCAACUCCUCGUUCGCGGAUGUGCUGCGGGGUAAGACAAUUCCGGUGAGCCGUCUGAGCCAGGAGUCGCUGGCCAAGGCGCAAGGCAAGGCCAAGAAGGUGGAGCAGUUCCUGGCCAAGGCCAAGUCCCCGUCCCUGAUUUCGCUGGGUGGACUGUCCUCCCAGUACGAGUUCAAUAGGCUCCAGGAGCUGAACAAGUGGUGGGAGCCGAGGACUCGGUACCGGGACGAGGCCGAUGUCAGUUUGCAUCCCAGCUACGAAAUUAAGCAGUUCUCAUAUGAUCUUAAUUGCUAUGUGCGGUAUUUGGAAGCCAAGGAACGACACGAAAGGCAGUUCGCGCAGGAAAUGGAGCACUUCAUUGCCAAUCAGCGCAAUAUCUGCGACCAGUUUUUUCUGAAGAAAAUCCUGUGCUACAAGACACGUUGGCCCCCGCUGCACACAAAGCGAGAACUGAACAACUUCGUCUCGAAGUUCUUUCAAAUGACUGCAAAGGAAAAACGUCGGGUCGAAUAUCUCAUGAAAACUGAUUUAGGUGUGGGGUACUAAAGCUUAUACAAUUGCAAAGUAAACUCUGCCAUUCAUAGCAACGGUUUAAUUAGCAGAUUUCAUUUUGCAAUUUUAUUUUGCAAUACCAAUCUAAUUACUUGAUGAAAAAAAAUACACACAGCCGAUAAAUUUCAUUUAGCAAUUAAUCAGUUUUAUUUUCCUGCUCUGAAAUUAAUAAGGCAAAACAUUUGUGGCUAACGAUCUCUCGCACAAAAAGCAUGAUUGGAAGAGGAGGCAAUCGAAAUUGAGCUGAAUUAAAUCCGCAUCU